AUGGCUGGACAAUCGAAACUCUCCCCAUGGGAAAGCGCCAUUGCAGGUGCAACUGGCGCUGUGCUCGCCAAUGCGCUCGUAUAUCCCCUUGACAUUGUUAAAACCAAGAUCCAGGUUCAAGUCAAGAGCCGAAAAGAGACGAGCACCGACCUCGAAGCUACUCCCCACUAUGAUUCUACGUUAGACGCAAUCAACAAAAUCUUCAAGGAUGAAGGACUGACGGGCCUAUACAACGGUAUCAAUGGCGCUCUGAUCGGGGUCGCAUCCACCAACUUUGCGUACUUCUACUGGUAUUCAGUCGUUCGUGCUGCAUAUAUUGCUUCGGGUCGAGGUUCAAAUACUCCCGGAACAGCUGUUGAGUUAUCGCUCGGUGCCAUAGCUGGUGCCGUUGCACAAAUUUUCACCAUCCCAGUAUCGGUUGUGACAACUCGCCAACAGACGCAAUCAAAGGAAGACAAGAAGGGACUACUCGAAACUGCUCGCGAGGUUAUUGACGGCGAGGAUGGCUGGACCGGGCUGUGGAGAGGUCUGAAGGCUAGCUUGGUCUUGGUUGUCAAUCCCGCCAUCACAUACGGCGCAUACCAAAGAUUAAAAGAGAUUUUGUUUCCAGGAAAGAACAAUCUGCGUCCGUGGGAAGCAUUCGUCCUCGGAGCGAUGUCCAAGGCACUGGCAACAAUACUUACUCAGCCAUUGAUUGUGGCCAAGGUUGGUCUGCAAUCGAAGCCUCCACCAGGUCGCCAGGGAAAGCCAUUUAAGGGUUUCAUUGAAGUCAUGCAAUAUAUCAUCGAACACGAGGGUCCAUUGAGCUUGUUCAAAGGCAUUGGCCCUCAGAUUACGAAGGGUCUUUUGGUCCAAGGAUUGCUCAUGAUGACUAAAGAACGAAUGGAACUUGCUUUUAUUCUACUUUUUGCUUCUCUUCGCAAGCUCAAGCAAGAGAAGCUGAAGAAUCAACGGUCCCGUAGCCUGAAGUCUGGAAUGGGAUGGUGGUCAUUCGGGUCAUCUGGAUCCAAGUCAGAUUCAGACAACAAACCCAAUGACUCGCAACCACCUAACAGGCAUCGAGAAGAAGAAGAAGAAAAACAACAAUCAAUCAUCCCCCCACUGUUGACAUCGCGCUCUUCGUCUUCUUCGACCUCCAAAUCCAACAGCACAGACUGGAACUCAAGCCUCAAUGCAUUUGACUGGAGUCAAUUCACAGAACCCCGCAACCUCAUCCCGACAGCGCUGCUGACGGGCGGAAUAUUGUUUGUUGUCUACGUUCAACGCCGGUACCUGCGCCGCUUCCCCGAAGCGACGGAUAUCACAUCCUCUUAUUUUCGAUCGAGAUCACUUUUGGGACGCGUUACAAGUGUAGGCGAUGGCGAUAAUUUCAGGAUUUAUCAUACGCCCGGUGGUCGACUGGUUGGAUGGGGCUGGUUGCCAUGGAUGAAGGUGCCGACUGUUAGGAAGGAAUUGAAAGAUAAAACUGUUCAUAUCCGUCUUGCAGGGGUCGAUGCGCCAGAAUUGGCUCAUUUCGGCCGUCCAGCUCAGCCAUAUUCCCAGGAAGCGCACAUGUGGCUUACGUCCUACCUCAUGAACCGGCGAGUUCGCGCCUACGUGCAUCGGCCCGAUCAAUACAAACGUGUCAUUGCAACCGUCUACGUGCGCCGUUGGUUAGAUUUUCCACCCUUGCGACGACGGGACGUUUCCUACGAAAUGCUGAGACGCGGAUUGGCGACGGUGUACGAAGCUAAAUCUGGAGUCGAAUUUGGCGGUACUGAGAAUGAACGCAAGUAUCGUGAAGCAGAGGCUUUGGCCAAGAGUCGAAGGCAAGGGUUAUGGAAGGAUUUUGGUAGGAAAGAUGGUGUGAAUUUUGAGAGUCCGAGAGAAUAUAAGACGAGAAUGCAGUCACUGGACGCGUCGGCAGCAGAGCAGUCGCCGUCGUCGUCUAAAGUGGAGAAGAGUCCGGGAUUGGUAUCCUCGUUAUUGAGGAAGGUCUGGCCUUUUGGCUCCAAGGCUGGUAAAUAA